CGCAGAGGACCCGGAAGACGUGUGUUUGCUGUCAAUGCCAACGACAGAGAGGAGGUACCGAGAACGAAAAGCCCGCAUUUAAGACAAGAUGGCAGGACUGCCCCGCAGGAUCGUUAAGGAAACUCAGCGUUUGCUUGCAGAGCCUGUCCCAGGCAUCAAGGCAGAGCCAGAUGAGGGCAACGCUCGCUACUUUCAUGUGGUCAUUGCAGGACCUCAGGACUCACCUUUUGAGGGGGGCACAUUUAAACUUGAACUCUUUUUACCAGAGGAAUAUCCCAUGGCAGCUCCUAAAGUACGCUUCAUGACCAAAAUAUAUCAUCCCAAUGUAGACAAGUUGGGAAGAAUAUGUCUAGACAUUUUGAAAGAUAAAUGGUCACCAGCUCUGCAGAUUCGCACAGUGCUGCUAUCAAUCCAGGCGUUACUAAGUGCACCCAACCCUGAUGAUCCCCUAGCAAAUGAUGUCGCAGAGAAGUGGAAGUCCAGUGAAGCUGAAGCCAUAGAAACAGCCAAGUCAUGGACCAGGCUUUAUGCUGGAAACAAAAAUGAAGUGUAGAGCAGCCUAACAAGUGGAGACACAAAUGGAAGUCAAGUGUGAACACAACUCCUCAUGUUCUGCCAAGACCUCUUCCUACUUCAUUUGCAUUUAAAGGACACAGUCUUAAAUAUAUAUAUUUACAUAUAUAUUAUAAAAUAAACAUGAAUAUAAUGGAAAAAAAACAACUGCUGACAGUUGGUGAUUUAAAUGCACACUAGUAAUGAAAAAGCUCAUCUUUGUCCUAACUCACUACUGUUGAAAUGCAUGGGCAGAGGUUUUUAGAUCUUCUCACCUGGCUUUCUUUGUCCAUUGAUUUUCAGGAGGCUUUUGCAUUUAGUGGGGAAGAGGGUGUCCUAUGUCCCAGGUUUUUGGCGGGGGGGGGCUGGAAAGGGUGAGGAGAGGGUGAGGAGGAAAGACUAGCUGGUAUGUGGUCAAUAUGGUAUACAUUUUAUGUUUGUUUGUUCUUUUUUUAAAACUUUGUUUUCUUGUGUUGCUGUUUGUUAAUUAAAAGCAGCUAACUACUACUAAUCCACUGUAUGUACAAGCUCACCUGGAGACAGACCAGAGUUUUGUCCUGUGUACGUGAUGCAGCAGGACAUGUAAGCAAUCUUAGCCAUGCAUCACAUCUGGCUUUUAUUAAAUACAAAAUAAUAUGACUAAAAAACAAACUGAGCCUGCCACAUUUACUUUCAGCCACUCUCAGUGUAGACUCUGAUGUACUGUAGGAUUGGAGAUGGUGAGAGAGAAUAUGGAGGACAGGGUGGAUAUUGUGGACCUUUCCUUAGUUUUAACACAGUGUAUGUUUUAUUAUCAUAUCCAAUCUUUUAUAUGUGAAUUUUUCUUGCUGUUGCCAUACUAACUACUCUGCUUAUUCCCCUGUAUGUCAUCACAGUCUAAAUAUACAAGGCUCAGUGGUUUGUUUUUUUCCAAUGGUAUCUAUUUCACAAAACAAGUGUUACAUUUAAAGGGGCAAUGUGUAAGUAUUUUAUUUGAAAAUAUGAAAAAAUUAUCUAAAAUUCUAAACAGAAUGUGAAGAAAUAAGUCUUUGUGCUGUGUUGCAGAAGUUACUGAAGUUAGCAUGCUGACCAGCUAACCCUGUCCCUCAAAAGGAGAUAGUGAAUCACUGUAGUGUCCAGUCUGGCACUCAGACCAACAUGAGAGGAUGAAGAAGUAGUAACUGCAAGUGGGCUAUAAACCUGUUUUGCAGCCAUCCUCUCUCAGCGACAUUCCUCCAUUUUUUACUCCAACGCAGCCUUUGAUGUUACUGCUCUUGCUGCUCUCCCUCGAGCUCCUCGGCCUCUCAUGGCUCGUCCUCUACUCCUGACACCACUACAUCUCUCCCGUUUCUCUGAUUGGGCAGACUGAGUGUGAGAUGGUUGUUUUCAUGGUAGCAGUGGAAGAAAACAGGGUAAACUAGUGUGGAAAACAUUACUCCCCAAUCCAUGCAUGUUUGACAACCUGUCAACAACUGCCCUUUGCUGAGGUUAGGUUUAUUUUAGCUAACAUCAGCUCAAUGUGAAGGUGAGGGUUGAAACUUGGUUGUGAGUGGCCACUGAUCCCAGUGCUUGAACAUUCACGCAGCAUUCCCUCAUGUGGCCACUGAUUGGGCGGCCCUACUGGGAUUUGUCCCGGUAUGCCAGAUGGCCAGCUGGACUAUGGCACAUGGGAAGAGGAGGGGGGAAGAGGGACCAAAGAGUGCAUUUCAUUAUUUCUUUUGAUAGGGAUCAACACCCCAACUUUCUUGUAAUAUCCUGCCCUCAUAUUUGUUUGAAGUAUGAAUUUGAGAGUUGGCCAAUUCUUACACAUUGCCCCUUUAAGAUGUCAGUUGUUUGAUGACAUGAGUAGGUGCUGGGGGUUGGAUGUUGAAAGUCUGACCUGUGUGAGAUGAAGUACUGGGUUGUUGUGGGAUCAAAUUCCAAAAGAUCAAGGAAGGCUGUGACUCUCAAUUGUUGUAAUUGGUCUUUGGCUGAAAAGUCUGUAUUCAAUUCACUGUUUGUAAAUUCAUUCUUUCUAUUACUCUGGGGAGGAAAUGUUUUCCUGCUCUCAGAAUGCUAUGAAACAGUUCACCUGCAUACUAUUAUGUUCUGUAAAUAAAAUCUAUUGAUUAAUAAA